AUGUCUCCCAAAUCUAGAAUCCAUUCAUUGAACAACAAAAUAGAGGCCCUUGGGACCAAACUAGCUCGGUAUACAAACCGCCUAGACAUACUCGAGGAUACCCUAGUCAUGGGCAGAGAGCGUGCCUGGCCAUAUGAAGUCGUCCCUGGCAUAGACAGGGAGAAGAAACAGAGGGAUAUUGCGACUCUCAAGGACAAGAUUUCCCGCGUGGAGAGCGAUAUUGAAAGAUUGGAGGGUGAAGUUGUCGCAAUUCGACAAGGGGCAUCAGGAGAACGUUGUAACGAGGAACAAGAGUUCAAGAGUGGGUCAUUUGACACUUUCAGCAUCAGUACACACGAAUAG